AUGUGGCUGAUGAGAAACAUUGACUUCCAGGCGGUGGUGCAGCCCAUGCUGGCCGAGGCCGACAUCGCCACCACCGUCUUCAUCACCGAGAGACCCCACCAUGCACAUGAGAAGGUACGGGAUGAAGACCUGUCGCAGUGGGACACGCUGGUGGUCAUGGCCGGGGACGGGCUGCUGUAUGAGGUGGUGAAUGGGCUCAUGGAGCGGCCGGACGGGGAGGACAUCAUGAAGAAGCCGCUGUGCAUCCUGCCGGGGGGCUCCGGGAACGCCCUGGCCGCCUCCAUCAACCACUACGCAGGCAACGAUCACGUCGCCAAGAAGAAGCUGCUGACGAACUGCGCCUUCAUCCUGUGCAAGGGGCUGCACACGCAGAUGGACCUGGUGUCGCUGAGCACGGCCUCGGGCAAGCGCCUCUUCUCCUUCCUCGGCUUCGGCUGGGGCUUCAUCUCGGACGUGGACAUCGACAGCGAGAAGUACCGCCGGCUGGGCAACGCCCGCUUCACCCUGGGCACCCUCCAGUGCCUGGCCAAGCUUUGCUGGAAGAGUAACAGCACAGGAACGGUCACAAACCGCUGCUGCUACUACAACAGGACCUCGUCACGACACGACAGCUCCUUUCCCUUGGGUGACCCUGGCUCAAACAGCUCCGAAAUACCCAUCUACAGCCGAAUGACGGAGAAGCAGCAGCCGUGCCAGGUUCACCAUCCAGACUAG